AUGCUUCCCUUCUUGGAGGUCGACCACCUCCCCUCCUCCUCGUCUUUCUACUCAGCCGUUAUACACCCCCUUGGCCUCCGUUACCUGUCUACCGAGGACGGACAUUUCCCUUCCAUCACAUACGGAAACGCCUCCCGGACUACCCCUAUCUUUCAGAUCCGCCAGGUGAUCUCGAGUAGAGAUCGGCCCCUGAGGACUUCACGCAUUGCGUUGAGCGCUCCUUCGGCGGCCGCGGCCGACUCCUCCUACGAGCUUGCCUUGCGGGCCAAUCCCGACGCCCGGGACACCCACCCCCGCCACUCGGGCGAGAGUUACGCUGCUGGCAGUGGCGCAUUCGCGCAACGGAGGGACACCAGCGGUGGCGGUACCCGUGUGCUUAUAACUGACGUUGUUGGCAACAUGAUGGAAAUUGUCUAUCAACCUCCGCCAGAUUACCCCUCGCAAUACAACGGCUCGACCGUCCGCUACACCAGGUCAACCAGCGACGAAGCAAGCCGCAUUCUAGGUUGGAACUACGACGUCGCGAGCUCGUCUCUCGCUUCACCCGCCGGCCCCAGUUCCACAUCUGGCGGGUCUGUCCGCACCGCCACCCGCCGGUCCUACGCCCAGUAUCCCGAGGAGGACGACCAACCUCACCCCUCAAUCAGGCGGAGCGUCACCGCUGGGUCCUCUGUCUACGAACCCGCCGCAUCCGCGCGAGAGAACUCCAACGGCUUAAGCGCCGGUGCUGUCGUCGGGACGCUCCUCGGUGUUGCUGCUGCCGGAGCCGCUUUCUACAGUAUGGCCAAGGGCGACAAACCCCGCGAUACUCGGCAUGACUACGACAUGCCGCAUUUCUCACGCCGGUCGACCUUUCCGGAAAAGUACGACGGAUAUUCGGAUCGCGAAUCCCGAUAUGUCGAGGUGGAACGUGCUGUCGACAAAGUCCGCUAUCCCCCUACACCAGAUUAUCGGCGCCCCCCACCCGAGUAUAUCGCGCGGUACAGCCAAGCCGACGCGCCGCGGAGCAGGGAGGUUGACGACAUCUACGAUGACUCACGGGGACGUCACCCAUCAUCCCGGCCGCGGACUUCUACACGGCCCCGCAGUGAGUCAGCGAGUUACAGAGACCCCUACGCCGGGGCCGAGGCGGAGUAUCGCAGCUAUGUGAGCUCGAAGGGCUCGAGGCACCCGCCAGUAGUACAGCGCAGCUACACAUACGAUAACCCUGACCGGGAAAGCUACGCCUCGGCCAGGAGCCAGCGGUCCAACAGCACGGUCCGCGGGGCCCUACCCGACCCCUACGGCGCACCGGCGCACGUCAGCUCGCACUCGAGGUCCGGCAGCCGUGUGAUGACGACGACGACGACGACGUACAAAAUCGGCGGUCGGCCCCGGAGCUACAGCCGGGAAGGCAGCUACUCUUCCGCCCGCCACGUCCCUAUCCCCGACAGCCGAGCGCCGGCGUACUUAUCGUCGCGCGACAUCCCCGUCUCCGAUAGCCGGGCCCCCGCGUAUCUCUCGGUCCGCGACAUGGCCUUUCCUGACAGCAGGAUGCCAGCCUACACCUCGGCCCGCGAUGCCCCGCCUCCAGCCAGCAGGCAGGCUGCAUAUGUGUCGGCCCACCAUAUGCCCUUAUCAGAAAGCCAUGCGGGUAGGUGGGAAGGUGAUGACGACGACGAUGAUGACGACGACGGCGACGCGGACAGCAUCGCGCCGAGUGACAGCAUUAGCUGUGUUGGGACGCGGAGGAGUGGACGAUCGCACUACUGA